AUGAAUUGUUCUGUAUUGACCCUCUUGUUAUUUGUCAUUACUGUUAGUGGAACAUACAAUUUAUCAAUUGUUCUUGUCACACAUCCAAAAAGAAGACCAGAACUAACAAGAUCAAUAAGAGACUUAGUUGAAGCACUGAAAAAUGUUCCAGAAGGAUUAAAUAUUAAAGAAUUAGUGAUGAUCAAAGGAUGUGUGAGAGGGUGUGAGUAUAAAGAAAUGGAUGAUGCAUUAGAGAAGAUCAAAAAAGAACUUCCAUCUAUUCCUGUUAAAACACCAACAUAUAAAUAUACAUCUAUAGAUGGUGUUGGUGGUGAGGAAUGGAUGAGAGAUUCAUUGUCUGCAGUUUGGGGAGAUACAACUAAGGGUGAUUGGGAACCAACAACUUACCAAAAACAUAUUACAAUUAACUUCUUUUUCAUCGAAGCAUUAAAAAGAAUUUACAAAGAUGAAAGUAUUGAUUAUGUUUUAUUAGCAGAAGACGACCAAUUAUAUGAAAAAGAUACAUUCCAUCAUGUUCUCAAACUCAUACAAACAAGACCAAAAAACCAAUGUUAUGCUAAAAUAGCAUGGUGUCCAUAUAGAUGGUGUUCUUAUUAUGGACAAAAAAGAUUUACGGUUGAUACAUCAAAAGAAUUUGCAUGGGGAGCAUGGGGAAAUAUGAGGUCAAAAGAAGAAUUAGGAUUUUUCUUAAGAUGGUUAAAAUUCACAAGAUUCUUUGAAUCAGAAGAUACACUAGGAUCAUUCCUUUGUCAGGCACUUAAAAAAAAUAUUGAAGUUGAUAAUGUGUCAUAUCAUUUUGGACAUGACAGGACAAUUCCAAAAUGA